GAUCUCAUUUGAUCCUCAGAACAAUCCUGAGAGGUAGGUACAAUUAUUAUCCCCAUUUUACAGAUGGGAAAACAGACAAAUGGAAGGGAAGUGACUAGUUACGAUUACAACAAGUGUUUGAGGUUGGAUUUGAACUCUGGUCUAACUGACCCCAGGCCCAAUGCUCUAUCCACCAGCUGCCUCGUAAUAGGGGCAGCUUUGCCUAAGGUGUUGGACUACUCAGGAUUCAGUGAUUCCUGCAUCCCACAUCUCUUUGUUCUGGAGUUCUGCACCACAGAAGGAAGCAGGAGCCCAAUUUCCAAGGGCUCCCUAAGAGAGAGGCUAGGGAUAUAUGGGUAGAGUGGGGGGAGGCUGGGCUGUUACUUUCUAUUCUAUUGGUCCUUUCUCUGGGCAAAACUGCUGAUGGCCAAGCCUGCCUGCUUGUGUGCCUUGUUGCUGUGGUAGAACUUCUGGCCCCAGGCAGAAGCAUCCAGGCCCUAGCUGGCAUCCGCCAGGCAUUGUUCCAGCCGUUUCAUCAGAACCAGAGGCCUCAACCCCAGGGAGGCAGGGUAUAAAUUCUCCAGCCCACACUCUCCCUAGAACAAGGCCGUGCUUGGUCAUGAAUUUCCUGGCUCUGCUGUUCCUUCUUGCCUUGCUGUUGCCAGCUGGGGCAGUGGCGUUCACUGGGCACCAGACCUUGGACUGGCCCCAGGACUGUGGUGUGGCCCUAUUACACCACUCCAACUCUGCUGAGAGAAUCGUCCAGGGCAGUGAGGCCAGACCUCACUCAUGGCCUUGGCAGGUGUCCGUGCAGCACCCUAGGAAAAUAGUGUCCUAUGCUGGCCCAAACAUGUUGGGGCAUCUUCUCUCCUCUCCUCACUCUCAGGCUCGGGUCCAAGGGAGCCAGAGGUUUGUCCAUGUCUGUGGGGGGACCCUGAUCCAUCCCAGCUGGGUCCUUACUGCAGCUCACUGCUUUUCUGGGGGGAAGAUGGAUGAUGUUGCCAACUGGCGCAUUGUGUUGGGCAAACACCAGCUCAACCAAACAGAAGCAACCCAGAGAGUGUACCGUGUGAAACGAAUAUACCGGCAUGAGCAUUUCCGCUACCCACACCUCGACCAGCUGAACAACGAUAUUGCCCUGGUCCGGCCUGUUCAUGACAUCCCCAGUAGUCCUUACGUGCACUAUGCCUGUCUACCUACCUCUGGAGGCCCUGCCCUCAGGCCUGGCCAGCUCUGCUGGGUCACUGGCUGGGGAGGGACCCAAGGUGGGGAGGAAAACUCGACUUUGUCUCAUGUUUUGAACCAAGCCCAGCUGCCUAUCAUGGAUUUCACUACCUGUCAACAGGAAAAGGUUUGGGGAGACAAAGUAAGCCCAACUAUGUUAUGUGUGGGCUUCAGAGACCUCCAGGGGACUCCUGCAGCAUGCCAGGGAGACUCAGGGGGCCCCUUGCUUUGUCAGAUGGGAAAGAAUGAGUGGGAAGUCCAUGGCAUAGCUAGCUUUGGACCUAUUGGAUGCCAAGCUGAGAGCAAGCCCAGCGUCUUCACCAGGACUGCUUCCUACAGGCCAUGGAUUGAGGCCACCAGAAUCCAAGAUUUUUUCUUCUACUGA